GAGAGGCAGGGAGGGCCGGAGCAGGGCAAGUUGCUAGACUGAUCUGGAAAAGAACCAGUUUAGACCCAACCAUCCAGAAAGGGAAACUGCCAACCAGGCAAGGACAGCCUUCUGAGAUCAGGCCCCAAAGGUAAGCCAAAUAAAGAGAACUCCCUUCUGGAAACAGGCCUCCAGGGAGAAGGCAGCAGGACUAAAGCAUUGUCAAAGGCAAGAUGCAUGAGUUGGAGUCAAGGACUAAUGACCUGAGCCAAAAUCUUCAUGGAAAAGGUCUAAUUGGAACCAUGAAGGCUGAAAAUCAGCCCAAAGACAAGAGGAUAGGACAGCUCAAACAGGAGGCAAAGCAGCAGAAAAUGAAGGUAGCAGCAGAGGUGGAAGAGAAGAAAAAGAAAGAUGGUGAAGAUCUCAUAGAGUUCUUCAGUUCCUACCAGGAGCUUUUCCAGUUCUUUUGUAGCAAUACAACCAUCCAUGGGGCCAUCCGGCUAGUGUGCUCUAAGAAAAACAAGAUGAAGACUGUUUUCUGGUCAGUACUCUUCUUCCUCACCUUUGGCCUCAUGUACUGGCAGUUUGGAAUCAUCUAUAGAGAGUACUUCAGCUUUCCUGUCAACCUGAACUUGAAUCUCAACUCGGAUAGGCUUACCUUUCCUGCUGUCACAUUGUGUACCCUGAAUCCCUAUAGGUUCAGUGCUCUUCAGAAGGAUCUGGAAGAACUUGAUCACAUUACCCAACGGACUCUGAUGGAGCUGUAUAAAUAUGAUAUGUCCCUGGGGCAGAGUAAUUGGAUGGCCCAGUCCUCUCGGAAACGCAGCUAUCGGAGUCUGUCCUACCAUGUCUAUCGUCACCCAUUGCACAGACACAAACGUGACAGCCAGGCCAGCAUGGAGGACAACAAUCCCCAAGUGGGCAAGAAUGACUGGAAAAUUGGCUUCACUCUGUGCAAUGAAAACAAUACAAACUGUUUCCAGCAAAUGUACUCUUCAGGUGUGGAUGCUGUGCGGGAAUGGUACAGUUUUCAUUAUAUCAACAUACUGUCAAGGAUCCCUGACGCCAAAGCUCGUGACGAGUCUGACUUUGCAAGCUUCAUCUAUGCCUGCCGUUUCAAUGAGGUGACAUGCGACCAAGCGAACUACACACACUUCCAUCACCCCAUUUAUGGGAACUGUUAUACAUUCAAUGACAACAGUAGCACCCUCUGGAUGUCUUCCCUGCCUGGGAUCAAUAACGGCCUCUCUCUUGUUGUUCGCACAGAACAAAAUGACUUUAUUCCACUGCUCUCCACUGUGACAGGCGCCCGCGUGAUGGUCCACAAUCAGAAUGAGCCAGCUUUCAUGGAUGAGGGAGGCUUUAAUGUGCGCCCUGGUAUAGAAACAUCUAUUAGUAUGAAAAAGGAAACAACAAACCGCCUUGGAGGCACUUACAGCGACUGCACAGAAAAUGGGAGUGAUGUGCCGGUGAAGAAUCUCUACUCAUCCCGUUACACUGAGCAGGUCUGCAUUCGUUCUUGUUUUCAGAACAGCAUGGUUGAAAGGUGCGGAUGUGGCCACUACUUCUAUCCUUUGCCUCCUGGAGCAGUUUACUGUGACUACACUAAACACACAGCCUGGGGGUACUGUUAUUACACACUCCAGGCUGAAUUUAAAGCAAACUUUCUGGGCUGUUUCACAAAAUGUCGGAAACCUUGCAAGGUGACAGAGUAUCAGCUGUCAGCUGGCUAUUCGCGCUGGCCUUCUGCUGCAUCUGAGGCCUGGGUGUUUCACAUGCUGUCUCUGCAGAAUAAGUACAACAUCACAUCCAAGAGGAAUGGAAUUGCUAAGGUGAAUAUAUUUUUCGAGCAGUGGAAUUAUAAAAGCAACGGAGAGUCGCCAGCUUUUACAGUGGUGACACUGCUUUCACAGUUGGGGAAUCAGUGGAGUCUCUGGUUCGGGUCAUCUGUCCUCUCAGUAGUAGAACUUGCUGAACUGAUUUUGGAUUUUAUUGCUCUCACCUGCAUUCUGGCUUUCCACUGGUUGAAAAUGAAUCAAUCAUCUGACCUUCAUGCUCCCAACAGCAACACCGCCAGUACAUUUCACAAUGUACAGCCUACUCCCAACACCUCACCACAUGUCUCUGUGGCUGACAAUGUUACUACACUGCCAUCCUACAAGAGCCUGGAAUCACUAGCCCUACACAGGGUUUCCUUCCAGCGGACAGAGUGAGGUCUGGACCAAGACGGCUUGCAGCUCCACAAAAAUACAUUAAUGCUGACAGGACCUCAAGUCAUGGAAUCAGCUGACAAGCCGUACUUUCUGACCACCAACAAAGACGAUUCAAUGUCUUUUGUAAAGGUUGUAGGCAGUAUGGCGUUCUAGCACAAACACCAUCUGGGCAUCUCUGUUCUUUGCCUGUACUGUAUGCAACCCCCUGCAGUGGAAAGAUGACAAGGAGAAUGCAAAGACACACUGCAAUUCCCAUAUACUUACCAUAGCAGAGCAAACAAGUCCAGGGAAAUCCCAGAAGUAUUCCCUUACGUUUGAAACCACAGCACCAUCUCACUCCCACUGCAAAGGCCACCAUAGAGCUUGUGGGGCCAGGAAGGCAGUAUUAAAAGAACUACACCACAAUAGCAAUAUUAAAUGUUUAUGGAGCUGGUUUUAAAAACUCAUAUUAAAUACCUGACACUUAAUAGUGAAGUGAAUCUCUAGUGAAGGAGGUACUCUACCUCAGCUAUCCAAAAAUUUAUGGAGGACUUGUUUCAACACCCUCCUUUGACACAACCUCAUGGUUUAUAUCUCUCCUUCAAGGUCAUCCAGUUGGCUUACAAGGCCCUCAUGUUGUUAUCCUCACAGCAAGCCUGGGUUAGUCUGAAAGGUGUCCUCGUAAGCAUCAUGGUUGAGGGGACUUUUAACAUGGACCACUUCAAUCAUACCAACACCUUUCAUAUUCAUGUUAACAGUACAGUGGGCCCUUGUUAUACACUGGGGUUUGGUUCCAAGAUCCCCCAUGAGUAACAAAAGCCGUGGAUUCUCACGUCCCACUAAAUAUGACAUCGCAAAGUGGUGUCCCUUAAAAAAUGGAAAUUCAAGGUUUGAUAUCUGAAAUUUAUACUAUUUUUGAACAUUUUCAAACCGUGGAUGCUUGAAUCUGUGUAUAAAAAAUCCGUGUAUAAGGAGGGCCAACUGUAUUCUCUUACAAUGCUUACAACCCUCAUGAGUACACUUACCUGGAUGUGAUCCCCACAACCAAGCUCUGUAAAGGUGUUUCUAUUGGUCUCUCUCAAUUUCUCUUUCAGAACAUACAAGGUACACACCAUACUAUCCUUUACACAGGGCUAGAUCCAGCCAUGUCACAGCCCUCAAGGACUUUAGCUAGGGCUGCAUAUCUAGCAUGGGCUCAGACUCUUUCAUACUUGUGCUUUUACCACCAGCGCCAACUCUACAGAGAAAUGAACACUGUAGUACUCUUUUCCUA